AUCGAGCUGGCGAUCCUGCGCUUCCCGUACGACUCGUGGGGAACGCCGUUCCAGCAGCUGAAGCAGGUGGUGGAAGAACCUUCACCCCAACUUCCUGCAGACCAGUUCUCCCCCGAGUUUGUGGACUUCAGCUCUCUGUGCUUAAAGAAAGUUUCCAAAGAGCGGCCGAAUUACACAGAACUCAUGCAACAUCCCUUCUUCACCUCGCACGAGGCCAAAGAAACCGACGUGGCUAGUUUUGUCAAAGUCAUCCUGGGCGAGUGAGCUGCUACAUCUGCACAGGUGGAGAAGGUCACACAUCUGGUUUAAAAAACAAACAAAAAAUAAGAUUAAAAAGGUAAACAAACAAACAACGGCACCACUCGCUUCCCCCCCCCGAUGGACGGAGCCCGGAGGAGAAGCUGACGGAGCCCCCCCCCCCACUGUCUGUAUGCAAACGCUCCCCUCUUUGGUUCCAUUAGUCCCACCUGUGUGCACCACCUACUUCUCAAACGUUGUGACUGGUCAGCGAGGUGACCGUGUGUGUGUGGCGGACAGUCAGACUGACGGUGUGUUUGUUUCUCAGAGGAGCAGAUUCUAUAGAAAUAUGAAAGAUAUAAUAUCUAUGUAUAAUCUAAAUGUUUGUAUACUUAAAGCAAGUGUUGCAUUGGUUUAUUCAGUGAUCGCAUGUACAGAAUAUAUCAGUAAGGAGCAGCUGCAGAGUCUCAGACCUGCAGCCUCACUUCAAGGCCCUCCUAGUGGUCACUAAUAGGUACUGCACUUGAACUGCUCUCCCUUGAUUACAGCAGAGGUUCUGCUUCACGUUCUGGGCUCCGGCUGCCUGUGAAUGUGUGUGUGUGUGUGUGUGUGUGUGUGUGUGUGUGUGUGUGAGCUGGUGCACGAUAUGUUUAUGUGUCUGUAAGGCUGCACGUUUUGAAGAAUGGACAUCAUGAUUUUCUCACAUCGUUCUAAAGGGCAACACAUUUUUUUUUUUUUUUUUUUAAGUGUUUCCUCUGCAGUCCAGCUUUGACAGUUCUAUAUAUAUUUUUUUUUUUGGGGGGUGCAGGGAUUUCAUGUCAUUCUGAUGGCCCUGCUAACUUAACGUUGAGUUUUAAUUGCAGUAUGAUUUUUGUCCCAAAACUGCUUGAACAUUUGUGCAGCUCAGUUGUGUCAGAGGCCGGGCUGGGUUCAUUUAUUCCCUUCAUUUGUUUUGAUUUGGAUCUUGUCUGUUUUUGUCAAAGUGCUGACGUCGGCUACAGAGGUUCAGAGAGAACAUUUAGCACUUCCUCCUCUGCAGGAUUCGUUUGUCCACAGCUACAUGUGUGACUUUGAAGAAGUUCUUUUUUGUCGUUUGUGUUUCGUGUCUGCACGGACCUGCAGCGACAUGCAGCCGUUAUAUAUGUGCAAAGUGCGUUCUGGAACAAACCUGGACACAUCGACUGUCUGUGCUAUCGUCACAAUUUGAAUUUGCCCCCUGAGAACAUGCUGGUUCAUCUCUGACCCAGCAUGUUCAGUAUGUUUACAUUUUACAGACACAUAGACUGACCGACUCUCUACAUAUUUCUCCAGGUUCCAAAUCUCACAGCACGACACCAGUAUUACCCACAACUAGCUAACCGGCCAAUAAAAGACAUUUAGCUUAGCCGUGUUUCACCAGCUCUAACAAUGCAGGUGUAACGGCAUGCUAAUGCUAAUGCUAACACAUGAGUCUGCAGAGAGGUACGAGGUGAAGAUGCUACCUAAAUGUGAUCAAUCGUGCAGCCUUACUCGAGACACACACACACACACACACACACACACACACACACACACACACACACACAUUACAGUGGUGUGUGUGUGUUCAUAUCGUGCUCGGUUGUGGGAGAAGAUGCUCGUGUUGUUGUUGUGUCCUGAGCCAAUCACAAUCCUCUCCACUCUACGUUCAACAUGGAAAGAACUGGACUUUAUUACUUUAUGAUAAAUAUUAUACAAGUUAUAGUUUUUAUUUUGAUUUGGAUGGAGCCCCCCUCCCCCCUCCCCGACAUAUGUCCUGCAGAUUAGUUUUUAUUUAUUAUACCUGCUGUUUUCCCUCCUAACACUUGAGCAUCGAUCCACCUGACUCUUGUGUGUGUGUGUGUGUGUGUGUGUGUGUGCGCGUCGAUGCUAAACCUGUAAACUCUCUAUGUGCCUCUCUAUAGAAAACAUUUAAGGAUGAAAAAUAAGAUGUUGUCAUGAGGACGCUGCAGGGAUCUGCUUCCUCCCUCGUCCCGCUCCGCAUGGCGUCACAGAUUCACCACCUUGUGUUCCCCGCUGACAUGUUCCUCCUCCUCCUUCACUCUUUGCUCUCUUUCUCUCACCGUGGUGUCAAAGCGUCCGCUCCUCUCACAUAAAGCUCCGCUGACCUCUCUCGAUGUUGUGCAAGUCCUGCUCCAAAGACAAAAUUGGGAAACUUGAAGUGCUGUAGAGUACAAGGCCGGAAAGAGGAGUGCUGUCACUGACGGUUUCUGUAUGAGUUUCUGACACUCAAGUUCUGCUGAAGUCAUUUGGUGGUUCCUUGAAGGAGGAUUGGCGUCUGCUGUUUCUGUCGACUUUUAUGAACUUUUUAUCAGGGUGCACUCAGCCCCUCAGCGGACUUUAGUCCCUGUGUUUGUGAGUCAGACGGUUUUUGCACCCGGGUUGAUCAGGGGCUAAUUGUCCCCGACUCGAUUGCAUAACAGCUUUUUCAAAUCGUCUGCACAGAGACGCUGUUUGCUCUGCAGUAUUGAACCCUCUGCGUGUGCUUUAUUGUGACAUCCAGUCGUGUUUGCAGACGUUUUGGCGGUCUCAGGAGCGGACACGGUCCUCCCUCUGAUUCAGGUCCCAGCGUCUCCAAACAAAAAGUAAAAGAUUGUUAUGAUGCCCCUAAAUGGUUUCAGAUUGAGCCGCUGACGUACUAACAGCAGCUUCAACACGCUGUAAACAACGAUCAGUGUCGGCUGUGUUGUUACAGCAGCUAGUUUCCUUUUAACCCUUCACCCCCCCCCCCCCCCCGAUCUCCCCGACUGUCCUCCAGAUCACUCCAGAAACUUCCUAGAAGUUUUAUUUACAGACUGAAGUCGAACAAAGCUUCCUCUUUUUCUCAAGUCGCUGUGCUCUAAACCUUCUGUUAGUUCCUCUGAAACCACCAUUACCACAUUGACCACAUGACGGCUGGACGUGUCAUUUUGACACUUCCUCUUCUCCUCGGAGGGCGUGAGGCAGUCUGUCAGACACCUCUCUGUCCACAGUCAUGACUCACUCUGAGAUGGAAACAUACUCCUGAGGAAACUCUAAUGAGAAUGAAAAUGAGUCAAAUUUGAAGUUUACAUUUUUCUAUCAGCAGAGUAAAAAAACAAAACGUUGGUUCAUGUGCAGAACAGCCUGUCACAGGACCGUCCCGAUCCCCUCCCUGUUCACUCGUCACGCUGUUCCUUUUGUGUGUCAAGACCCCCCGCUGAGCCCUCUUGGCUCAGAUAAUCGGCGUCAUUUUCUCUAAUGAAGUGAUUAUGAGGAGGACAGUGAGAGCUCUCGUGGAGGCGGGCUUCUGAGGACGAGUGGUUUUUUUUAAAGAAGGGGGACACAGAGUGCAGAGCUCAUACUGCGUCAGGACCCGACUGGUACAGACGAGUCGCUAUCUUUUGAUUUUCACUUUUAUUUGAAUGAUUUUUAAAUGUUCUAAAACCAAAAAGCCCAAAGACUCUUAAUUCACUCUCUUGAUGACCAAAAAAAGCAGAAAAUCCAUCCAUCCAUUAUCUAUACAGCUUCUCCUGUUCAGUGGUUGUGAGGGUCUGAAGCUGAUUGCAGCUGUCACUGGACAAGAAGCGGGGUCACACCCUGGACUGUUCACCUGUCAAUCAAACAGGGCUGACAUAUAGAGACAGACAACCAGCCACAUCAAUAAUCAAAAUGUCCCUUUUGAAGGACGCAGCCCCUUCAUUCUAAAUGAGGUCAUAGUUGAAGUGCAUAAGAAGAUAGAAGCUCUGUAAAAAAAAAAAAAAAAAAAAAAAAAAAGGAAGAAGAAAUU